AUGGCAACUGGAAAUACCGGAGGGGCCCAAGAAACGGAAGAGCAGGCUGUCUGCUCUGCCCUCGACCCUUCUCCAUGGGCUCAGGGCAAGUGGGCCCGAACAAAUUGGCGCAGUGCGCACAUGAACCGCAUUCAUGUUCCCCGGUUCCUCUUUCUGGUUUCUGAGAUAGACCCUCCCAAUAUAUACCAACCUCCGGCCUCCAUGUUCGUGGUGCUUGAUCGUUGA